AUUAUUGAGUGAGCCCUUCUUUUUACUUUUGGCAGACUAGUGAGGCCUUCUUAAAUCUCGAUUUUAAUUAAGUACAUCUUCAAACUAUUUUGAUAAUUUUUUUUUUCACUAGCAAAAUCGUUUUGAUAGGAAAAUUAAUCCAAGAUUUCUAAUCUUUCCCCACGAUUAGAAUUAAUUCAUGUUCUCCUUGUUCAGAACUCUGGGGUAUCUAAAUGUCUUAGCACUUUCCAAGACAAGUCAGAAGAAUAAGGUGAAACCUAAUUGGGGCAAUUGUGAGGUGGCUUUGAAAGGCUAAAAGGGCUUUAAUUGCAAGGUUCCCAACCAAUUAUUAAAAGUACAUCAAAAAUCAGAUUUGUAAAAAGGCAGAAGGACGAACUACUCCAGCAAUACAGAAAAACAGAGUUUGUUUUUGAAAGUGUUCUGGAUCUCCUUCUUCUUCUCUUCUUGUGAGCUUUUUGGUUAAUUGUCUUACAAGGGUUUGGUAUUCUUUUUGGAUUGGGAUAAUCCUUGAAGGGUUUGAGUGAGUUGGGUUUCAUUUGUGAGGGUUUAAUCUUGCACUCGCAAGCAAGAGUUUGUUCCGAUUUAAUCUUGCACCCGUAAGCAAGAGAUUUCUAGUGGAUUGAACUUUCGAGCAAGGAAGCUUGGGGAGUGGACGUACUCCGGGUUGGAGGAACCACUAUAAAUCACGGUUUGAUAU